AAUAGGUGUGUGAAUCACAGGCGGUAGAAUAUGGCUGGACAAAUAUCGGAAUCUGAUCAGAUCAAGCAGUUCAAGGAGUUUCUUGGAACAUACAAUAAACUUACAGAAAACUGCUUCCUGGAUUGCAUAAAGGAUUUCACUAGCAGAGAGGUUAAACCGGAAGAGAUGACUUGCUCAGACCACUGCCUACAGAAGUAUUUAAAAAUGACCCAAAGGAUCUCCAUGAGAUUUCAGGAGUACCACAUUCAGCAGAACGAAGCUCUGGCAGCUAAAGCAGGACUGCUUGGCCAACCUCGUUAGACAAGAGCACUCUCUUCAGACUUUACAAGCAGUGCCAGUGUUCACUGGGCAAGAACACAUUUUGGAUUUUCUACUGUCAGGAUGUAUGUCCAGUAACUCAGAA